AUGCUAUCUAAAGUAAGCAAACUACUGAGGCAACCAAUAAAACUAUAAAGAUAAUCAACUAUAGCUCUCAAUGGGCAUGAUCUUACUAUUGAAAAGUUAUCGCUUUUAGGGAGGGGCUCGUCUAAAGUUCACCUGGAAGAUUAAACUUGGGAAAAAUUGAGAGCAAGUAGACAGGUUGUAGAAAGAUUAGCCAAUGAAAAGACCGAUAAACCAUACUAUGGAAUCAAUAGUGGAGUAGGAUUAUUUUCCAACCAAAAAUUAACUGGAAGUGAUUUGAAGGAAUUUCAAAUUAACCUCAUAAGAUCUCAUGCAACAGGGAUCGGAGAAAACUUAGAAUUAGAGGCAUCAAGAAGGAUUCAUGUUCUUAGAAUAAACACAUUGGCUAAAGGAUUCAGUGGGAUCUCAUUAGGCACUAUGGAACGCUUGAUUGAUUUUUUUAAUAGUGGUGCAGUACCUCAGAUUCCUAGCAGUGGUACAGUAGGAGCUUCUGGAGAUCUUGUUCCUCUAGCUCAUAUCGGACUGAACCUUAUUGGAGAGGGUGAAAUAUGGAAUCCUAGGACAAAUGAGUAUGAGACUGCAGUGUCUGUUCUCAGAGAAUACAAUCUUUAAAUUGCAAAUUUGUAGGAAAAAGAUGCCCUCUCUUUAAUAAACGGAAAUCAAUUUCUUUGUGGAGUAGGUUCUAUUGCAUUAGAAUAGUCGAUCAACAUAAUAAAAAGUAUUGCUCCAAUCAGUGCUUUGACAUUUUUAUCAAUGAAGGGUCUUCCUAUUGCAUUUGAUACUAGUAUUUAAAGGAUCAGAAUGCAUCCAGGAUAAAAUGCAGUAGCUCAAAUUAUGAGAGAACUACUUCCUGUUGGUAAAACAGUCACUUAUAGCUAAGAACUUUAGGAUCCUUAUUCUCUGAAAUGUAUACCUUAAGUUCAUGGUCCUACUCUUGAGGCGAUUGUAAACACGAAAGAAUGCCUUGAAAUAGAAAUGAAUAGUGGAAGUGAUAACCCUUUAAUAUUUACUGAACCCCCAUAUAUUAUGAAUGGCGGUAAUUUCCAUGGAGAGUAUCCUGCUAAAUAACUAGAUGUACUUGGCUUGUAUGUACAUGAAAUAGGAAGUUUAAGUUCUUAGAGAAUUAAAAGACUCACUAAUCCCACAAAGAAUUUGGGUUUACCUGCUUUUCUAGUAUCAUAAGGUGGUUUAUGUUCUGGAAUGAUGACAUGGGAAAAUGUUGCUGCUUCUUUGGUUUCUGAAAAUAAAGUGUUAGUUUAUCCUGCAUCUGCAGAUUCAACGGAGACUUGUGCAGAUAAAGAAGAUCAUGUAUCAAUGGGAAGUGCUUCAGCAAAGAAAGCUAUAAGUAUUGCUUAAAACGUCUAACAAAUCUUAGCAGUUGAAUUGAUGGCUGCUACCUAGGCUCUAUAACAUAGAUUUGAACUUGAAAAAGAUUUCUAUAUCUACCAUCCUGGCUUGAAAAAGGUUUUUGAACAUUGCAAAACACUAUCUCCACUACUUGUUAAGGACAGAUAUACCUAGCCAGAGUAUUAAGAAUUACUAGCUUAUAUUUAAUCAGGUGAGUUAUGGGAUACAAUGAUGCAAGAAAUGACAUUUGAGUAUUUGAAUUAUCAAGCUCCAGAUCAAUUUAGCACUCUCUCCGAUUCAUAAUCAUUUUGA